UGGACUUGCCAAACAUGUUCCAAGUGAUUUUUGUGUGACACUUGAUAAUGAUCAAUAGAAACUCGUGUAUAUUAAAGCCAGAAAGUCGUCCUAACUCUUUUUAGUUAUGUUUAAUAAAGAAGAUUUAACCGAAUAAGAAUCAUAUUUUACCGAAUACCGAAAUACCGAAUAAGUAGACAAUUUUUGCAGUGAAAAUGAAGACCUUUAUACUGCUCAUGAUGUCGAUCUUUUUCGCAAUCUCUUUCUCUGAACCCAAUCCUAAACUCGUUCCAUUUGAAAGGAAAUGCAAUAUAGUAAUCCCGAUUGAAAAUUAUUCACAAACAGUGCUUUUCGAUAUGGAUGUAUUCGGUGAACCGGAGCUAAAAACAUGUAUCCUGAAAGAAUGUCUCACUGAUCACACUGUGAUCUUACUAAACGUGUUUGGUAGAGACAUAGACAUAGGACUCAACGUAACAAGAACUUUUAUUAGAACCAAUGAUAAUCCCAACGUGCUGAUCAUGACGAAAUAUUUGACAAGGAAGGUAAAAGACUCUCCAGUGUGGAAAUUCUUCUCUAAAUCCAAAUGGUCUGUACUUUAUGUGAUCGUCACUGGCAAAGAAAAGUACAAGUGUACUAAUGGCACAAUGGAAACAAAGGAUUUCCAAAUUCUCGAGAAAGCUAUGAACAAUCUAUGGCACAAAUUACAAAUAAUGCGUGUUGCUGUGUUAUUUCCUAACGCGUGUAAACAGAAAAUCAUCCUGUAUCACGGCAAACGACCAUCCUCUGAUAUUUUAUAUGAUAGAUCUAUUAAAGUAUUCAAUAAUUCGAAUAACCAUGACACGCAUUUAGCUAUUAAGGAAAGUGGUGACGGAUUGAUAAACGACUAUCCCAUGCAAGGAGGUAUAUUCCACAGAAUUCCUACAUCAAUCAAAUUUUGUGACAAUAUGCACUACUAUGUGCAUUUUAAUUUGAAUUUGACGCUCGGAUACUGUGGUUUGGAUGGGAUGGUGAUGCAUGACAUUCUCACUUAUUUAAAAUUCAAUCUUACCGUCCCAGAAAAUCCAUCUUGUGGAAAUUACGGGUAUGCCCUGCCUGGUAACGUGAGUGGUGUGCUUGGAUGCAUCAUCCGCAAUGAAGUGGAUAUAUCGUUCAAUUCUAGAUUCAUGACGAUGUACUCGGAUGAACAUAUUUAUUAUCUGCAUUACGUUACGAUCGAUACGUUAUGUGCUUUAACAAAGAGACCUGACGUAAUACCACUUUGGCAAGGAGUGUAUAAUUUUUUUUCUACGGAGAUGUGGACACUGACGGGAGUGGUGUUAGUGGUGAUAGCUUGUAUCCUGUGGGCCACUGCACUGGUAAAUAAAACGAUAACUGGCUCAGAGACGGAGACAUUCUGGAGCUAUCUGUACUCUAGUGUGAUAUCAACGAUGAUCGGAUAUUCACCGAUGAAAACCAAAACGUAUCUUAUGAUUAGAAGCGCGUGCUUAAUGGGGUCUAUUUUAUUUUUAGCUGUUUAUCAGAGUCACAUGAGCAGAGUGUACACAACAAUGAAACAUUUUCCUCAACUGAAAACUCUACAAGACCUAUACUGUUCUGGAGCAAGUUUAUAUACUUCUCCUACAAUGAGAGAAUUCAUGAGGCAAUUACAGAAUCCAGAUAACGAACUGCAGAGCGAAUUCUUCAAUAAGGCAUCUUUGACUACUGGGGAACGACUCGGAAAACUUCUGGAGAAUCCACACCUAGCCACAAUAGAUAGAAAAUCUGACGCUGAAAUGGAAAUUCUGAAAAACUACUCAGAUUCUUAUGGCAUGCCUCUUAUAGACAUAUUGGAAGAAUGUUUCAAAACCUAUUACGUGUCUUAUAUUGCACGAUCAGAUUUUCCAUUUUUCGAAACCGUACAAAGGUUUAUGCAGCAUCUGCAAGAAGCAGGUCUCCCGGCGAUGUACUACAAGUGGACCCAGCAGAUGCUGGACAUCCCAAGCUCUGUGCCAGACUACCGCAGCCAGACACGACCCUUCUCGAAAAUACAGUUGAUUGAUCAAAGUGUUGCAUUCGCUAUAUUAGGUCUCGGUAUAAUGAGUUCUAUAGCUUUAUUCAUAGUUGAAAUGUGGAAUGGAAAACGUAAAACUAUUCGUAGAAAUAUGAAUGAAUCUACUACACUUAAUAGAUUUCAUUGAAAUUGAAACCAGUAUCCGUAGAUACUUAGAUAUAUUUACUUUAAUUAAGUUAGUAGUUUAGUAGUAACAAGAUUUAUGUACUUAUA